AACCUACGAAACCAGGCUUAGCCGAGAUGGCCGAGAAAUGCUACAGCUGCAGUCCAUAUCUUGUAGUUUUCUGGAGGAAUUUUGUUUAUUUUUGCACUUUAAAAAUGUUUGGGUUAUUAUUAAGCAAUGUUGGGUAAGUAUUGAACAGAAAGUGUGCUGGGUAAAAUUACCCCGAGCACGUUUUCUGUCCAAUAUUUACCCAACAUUGCUUACAAACAAUCCAAACAUUUUUGUGUGUGUGUUUGUAAUUAUUACAAUCAUUUGUUUACAAUGUAAACUUUCAAGUCUAAAUUUGUGUCUCAAUGUCACUCAAUGUUAAAGCUGCGGGACAAACCUUUCAAAGAAAAACUAUACUUAAAAGAAAGACAUGUGGGGGUUUGUGGAUUGUGUUUUACUGUGAAUACAGUAGUGUAUAGCAGCCACCUGCAUCAUUCUUUACCCGUAUAGUCCUUCUGACAAACUCAAGUGUUUUCAUUCUACCUUCAGUCAACAAAGGAGAGCUGUUUGGUUAGUUUAAGGUGGAUUCGGUGUAAAUUUCUCAUGCACAAUUGUAAACGCUUCUUAUUUGCAUCAAAACAGCGAUAAUAAACCAUAAUAGAUGGUUUACUUUCCUGGUUGUGAUGCUUUACAAAUGAACUGAAAUGUAUGCAUAUUAAGACAAAACCAAUGACCACACAAAAUGCUGAGGGCUUGGCCAGUACACACUUCACAAUGUGUUUCUCUUAUGCUGAUUUAAGGGAAAGACAUAUUUACAUAAAUGGAAACUAAUGUAGAAAAAAUGUACUCAUUAAAGUCGCCUACUCCUUGUAUUUAGGGCUGGCCUUCACUUCUUACUGUAGGGUGUGUCUUUAACCGACAGCAAGUGUGCACCUUUCAGUUUGGCAUUGAACACUGAUCCUUUUGGAUGUUGUCAGUUUGCACUUGGAUUAUGCCACACCAUGGAUACAUUACUCCCUUCACUCCUGCUUUUACUGUGGUUGAAAAGCUUCAUCAACUGGGUGGUGGUCACGAUACAGAGACACUACGUGAUUCGCUCUUUCUCUGGAUUCUUCUGCAUUUCCUUGGCACUAACCGAUAGUUUCCUGAGUUUUAUCAUCACGGCUAUUUACUAUCUGGAAGACUUCAACCUCUCAGGCUGGCGUCUGACCAGGCAUCACGUAUGUCUCCUCGUUCAGAUUGCUUGUUUCAUCUGCAGCGUUCUCCAUUGGCCGGUGUUUCUCCUCACGUUGUUGGAUAAUUUAUGGACAAUGAGUUCAUCAAAGACAACCUGGACGCAAAAACUGGCCUAUGUUGUAGGCGUGUGUCUUCUUUGGAUUCUAGCGACUUUGUAUAUCUUUUGGGUAGCAGAUGUUGUUUUAUUAUUAGGAGAUGACAAGCACCCUUGCCACGUGUUCAGUAGCUCUCAAAGUGUUCAAGUACUCAAUACUUUACUGUUGACUGUCACCUGUGUAUUAUUUUAUUCAUUCACUUUACGUGACGAACAGAAAGUACAGGUGUUUCUGCAUUCCACUCGAGGAGAUCGACAGAUCUGCAUGGUUUCUUUAAGGCAGAUUAUGUACACGUUUCUCAACACGUGGGCACCUUUUAUUAUUCUCAUGAUCAUGUUUCCAUUUCUACAGACGGAGAUGAAUGCACUCCUGCAAAUGAAUACCGUUUGGUUGUGUUUUCUCAAUAGCUUCUCUAUGGCAAUGGCUUUGUGCAGUCGCCCCUUUGAAUUCAGCGAGACUAUAACCGAUGGAUUUUGUUCCUGGUCUUUUUGUUUUGUUUAUGGAGCUGAAAAUCAAAGGAAAGGCCACUUUCAAGUUUAAAUAGUUAAUACUUGACCAUGAACUAUUUGCCACCCUGUCUUCAGGUCUUACAAUCUAAUUUUGAGUUUGGGAGCAUGAACGUUUGAUUUCAAGGUUAUAUUUUCAGAGAAGGUAUUUAUGUAAAUAUAUUCCUACAUUUGUGCUAUAUAUAUAUAUAUAUAUA